UGCGUAACAAAACUAAUGGAUCGUAUGUUUGCAGGGAAGAAACAAGUGCAAAGGACGGACAAAAAGCUGGAAAACGUUUUUGUCGGCAAAUUCAUCUCGGAAGAGACGAAAGAAAACCGUCCCGUGGCUAGCAAAGAGCCAGAUUGCACGAGAAAAGCACAUCAAAGCGUUCUUCUGAGUCCACCUUGUCUGAAAAGGGCCAUAUCGCCUCUAAGCGACGCUUCCAGUAUGCUCAUUCAAGACGGAAAUGACACGGACGUCAGUUGCGUAGCCAAGGCGCACAAAGACGCCUCAAAUGAAACGCAGCCUGAGCUGCGCGAAACCAAGGUCGCCAAUCAACCGUGGCAAAAGGAAGUGACACCGCAUGCAAACGUGGCCCAGGCGGACGAGCGCAAACUUCCAACACCCAAACCUCGAAGUCGGAAUCCUCGCAAAGGGAAAAAGGUGGAGAGUAACGCUUCGCAAAACAGGAAGGUCACAGACUUCUUCCCAAUCAGGAGGAGUAACAGGAAAACUCAAGCAGAGUUGAAGAAUGAAGAGCACAAACACUUGGAUGACCUGAUCAAGAACGGCAUCGAAGAAGGAAUGCAGGUGAGGGUGAUCGAAGGCAAAGGCCGCGGCGUGUUCGCCGAGCGACUCUUCAAAAAGGGCGACUUUGUGGUGGAGUACCACGGCGACUUGCUGGAGCUGGCCGCCAUCGAUGCUACGAGCGAGACGAGCCGCCUGGGCCGCCUCCUCAACCACAGCAAGGCUGGCAACUGCCAGACCAAGCUGCAUGCCAUUGACGGCUCGCCUCACCUCAUCCUGGUGGCGUCCAGGGACAUCGAAGCGUCUGAAAACAAUGAACACGCAGGACGACCGCUCUGCAGCGUCGACGCUACGAGCGAGACGAGCCGCCUGGGCCGCCUCCUCAACCACAGCAAGGCUGGCAACUGCCAGACCAAGCUGCAUGCCAUUGACGGCUCGCCUCACCUCAUCCUGGUGGCGUCCAGGGACAUCGAAGCCGACGAGGAGCUGCUGUACGACUACGGCGACCGCAGCAAAGAGGCCAUCUCGGCUCACCCUUGGCUCAAGUAUUAAAACUAACAAAACAACUCCACUCGCCCCUUGCAAAACAAAAAAAAAAAAUUGUGACGCUUCAGUGUUUAAAAAGAUGCUAUGGAUGACUCGUCCUGACAAUUUUUUUUUUUAAAGGACGUACAAAAAAUGAUUUUAAACUAACUUGCAGUUUUUUUGCAAUUUUAAUCAUGCUCCUUGUACAUUUUUCCUGCUGUAGAAUAUUUUAUCUUGGAGUGAAUGUUACACAUUGUCUACUGUUGUGACAUUUGCCAGCUUUGUAAAUUAUGAGCCGCGCUGCGCCCGAUAAGACGCGAUGAGCUGAAAUGAAUUUCAGGAAUGAAUGCAUCAAAGUGACAUGAGGAGAUGAAUGUUUACUUUGUAGCUCAUUGGGGGGAUAAACCAAAUUUUCAACCGUCAAGAUAAACAUUCCAGGGUAUCGAAGUGCCAGCUUGUAAGGAAUUCAGUUUACAAAAGUGCGAAUUACAAAAUACUUUUCGGAUUACUUGAUCAUCAGUGAAAAUCACUGACUGGACGCUUCACCGGGUACACCUUGGAAGUGCAUCACAAGACUAAGCCAGCGUGGUUUGAGCUUCAUGUGUUUUUGAAAACUUCAGUUAAAGACAAUUUUUUUUUUUGUCUGCAUGUUAAUUCAUAUUACCGGUAACCUAAUGUGCACCUCCCCCCCCCCAAUUUAUCCUCCACUGAACUAAUGUCCAUUCUUGUAAACAGUCUUCAAUAAACCUAAUAUGCAUGUUUUUUUUUAAACAUUACUAUUUGGCGUCUAAAUGAAUUUAAUGUACAGUCUAAAUGAAAUGUGUUUUCUUUUACUGGAGACCAUUUUGUCAUCAAUGAACGUAAAUGUACAUUUUCACCAGUGUCCCAAUAAACCUAACUUCUGUGUUUUUGUGAACAUCUGAAA